AUGACUAUUUCUAACGAAACCGAAAGCGACACUACCGCCUGCAAUUCCAUCAUUGAGAGUUUCAUUUCGUCGGAGUGUGGGUUUGCUACCUAUACCCUUUUGAAAGAUGACGUGGGCAACUUGUUCAUCCUCUACCCUAACGGGACUAUUCACCCGGCACAGAAGAUUGCCAGUCUGCCAUUGAAAAACGGACGCGUGCCUACGUCGCCUUACGGAGCACACAAGACGUUCAAGAUGCCCACUCCUUCUUCCAGCACACACGACUUGAUUGCUGACUGGGUUCAUUCUACUCCCGGUGAGCUUCAAUCUCGAUACAGCCAGUGUGACGCUAUCUCGUUGAAACGAGCCCCUUCAAGACUCUCAAACGGUCACCACCCAUAG